CCGUCUGGUCGCGGUGACUUGGUCUCCUUGCAUCCCAUCGCACCUUGUCCCGCGAAUUCGUUCCUCGCCUCCUCUUCCUACAUUCCAUCCCGUACCAUUCCCAUCCACGCAUACAGUCACCGCCUCUACACAUCGGCUCAUCGUCCAUCCACACGCUGGUACCUCAGCAUCAAGCUCACUGCAUACACCCUUUACUUCCCCACUCCAACCAAUAAAGCUGCUCCACACCUGCCUCUGCUGCAGGUCCUGCUUCUAGAACGACGGAAACAGCGGAAAUACGCGGCGCGUAAUUCUCCCGCCUCGCCUCGCUCCCGGCUCACACGACCUGGCCCAAAACUCAAGCUUCAACACCCUACACGUAGCGCAUACAUCCACCUACCGCACUCGUUACCAUCAUGACAUUCUUCCCACAAUGCGACACUCAGGUAGCUAUUGGCUUUGCCUCGCGAAAGCGAAAGGAGAUGGAGGAGGAAGCCGGCGGGAACGGCCAGAUCAAUAUCGCAGAGCGACGAAAGAUUGCUCUUCCCUCUCGGAAGUCUGAUGGCCACCAGACGGCCACCUUCCACCCUUUAGGCGCAGAGGACAACCUGAGGAUGCUCGCCUCUCUGGGCCUGCUAGAGACCCGAGCCUCUACCUCCCGGCUGCCCAUGAAUGGUUCUCCCACGUCAGCCUCAUCCGACGCAUCCUCUUCCGACCAUUACUUCUCAUCAAGUCACGCUGGCCAUUACCCAAAUGUCGAGCCAUACCAUCGUCAUAACAUGAGCGCGUCUAGCAGCGGUAGCAUGGACAUCGACCCUUCUACUCCCGCUCACGGCCACGGCCCGCAGUGCAGCAGCCUCCCUCAGCUCUACAUUUGCCACGAGAUGGACUCGGCUCUGUACGCUCGAUGCGUAGACUGCUCGCACUCUUGGCACGUUGGGCCCGGACAGUCGCUCAGCUACUCUCCCUGAGCUAGGCUUGUCCCUCCUCUGGACAACGGUCAGAGAAAUCUCGAUCCUGAUCCAAGCUCGUAUCCUUUCGCACACUUACACAUACAUAUGCAACCCCUGUAUCCAUAGUUUUGUUCCAGCUCCCGCUUUCACACACACAUACGUCCACCCGACUCUUCGCUCUCUGCCCCGCUCUUGGCCCUCCAUGUACUUUUAGCUUAGCCCAGCCUCUAGCCUCUAGCCUCUUGCACUGCACUUCGAAGCAAUUGCAAUAUCGUCAUCCAUCUACGC